CCAUCUCUAGCACGACAUACAGUGGCAAGUUGACGUUUGCUCGGUCGCUAUAUCAUGCCAAUUGCUCGGCAAGAGCCGCAUCCUAUGUCUCAUGUUGAGGAGCCUACUUCUGCGCGGCAAAGUCUGGGCUACUUCCGGCCUGUUUGUGGGGUCACGUACCCCAAGAACGCUUCUGGCCUGCCUAUGUCUCUGGGAAAGAGACAAUGAGCCGACACAUGAGAUACUGCGGCCUGUCCCCGUGGUCCCAUACUAUAUCGAUGAGCAUUUCAAGAUCUGUAGUCGUCCGGGCCCGCUCCUAUUGUCCAUUAUAGUGAAAGAUACACAAACGAAAAGCAUGGUAUGAAAAUCCGUCGCAAACCUAAAAAUGCAAUAUUCGAGACAUGACAAUGGUGGGCUUGGUGGGGCAAGUUC